AUGGAUCAUCAAAGUAAUCCUACCGCUACUCGACAAGUAGGCGCUACCAAGCGACAUUGCGGCCCAACAGAGCUUAAGGCAAGCAGAAAACCCCCAGCCGACACGUCGAGCGAUGGGGAGAAUGUACCACUAUCAGAGCCGCCGAUUCGCCAAGUGCCCGUCAAUGUCACCCGAAGGACAGGACCAGCAGUCACAGUACUACCACCACCGAGCAAUAGGCAGCAGAACAGCGGCAGACCCGAACGUCGAGUCACACGCAGAGAUCAGAAGCGUCGAGUUGAUGGUGGAGAGGAUAGCGACAACGACUCAGACCGAGACGAAUCAAAGCGGACUCAUGAAGCAGACAGCGGUUCUGGCAUUCCUAAGAAGAGCUCGCACGAAGAACAGGACGACGCUGAAUCAUUGAUCGCGGCGACCCUCGCGAGAGAGCGCCUCGAAAGAGAGGAGCUUGAGAGAAUGAAUCACGCACAUGCCCUUCGGAACCAAAAACACGCAAUCCGGAUACGAGAUGAAGCCUUUUCUGACAUAAUCGAGCAUCGCCAGUAUUGCAGACAAGAAGCUGCCGAAAUCAAGUCACGGCUCAUUCAGUUUCGCGAACAGUACUAUGACUGUCCACAACUUCGCAGAGCUGUGUAUCGUCAGCAAGAACUUCUUGAUGUCUGCCUUCAACAAGGCCUUGAAAGCGCACGCCUAUCGCGUAGCAGAAAGUUGUCAAACAUAUCGGCUCUCCCGCACAGACUUUUUCUAGAAGCUCUUGUUGUCGAUGUUCUUGAAGAAAAUAUUGCAGAACAAUAUGACCAAUUCGAAUCUAUCAGAGAUCUUCCUCAUGAUGUGCUUUCGAGUGCGCUUACCAGUCUUUGGCAAGAGCGGGUCGUUCCCAUCAUCUACUGCGAGCUUGCCGAUGCAACAGAUCAGUUUAUAACGGUUGGCGACAACAACAUCUUGAAUCCAACCUGCCAGGAAAAUGUCAGAAAGAGCAUUGCGGCGGUCGUUCAAUCUACGAGGCGGAAACUUAUCAAAUACUGUCGUUUCGGCUCCAUCGAAACUAUGAUUGAUGUCAUCGUCAAUCGCUUCUGGGACAAGGUUAUUUCCAGAAUGUGGGAAGCCGCCAUGUCAACGUCCAGAGAUAAAUGGCUCGAUGAGGGUUUGGGAAUGAUCACAUUUUGUGGGAAAAAGAAGAUUGGCGGGAGUCUGACAAAACCCUACAUUGCAUGGCUUACCCCAGGGAUUGAUGCCCAGUUGUUCGAUGAUCUCUUGAACAGAUGGCACGAGCGCGAACUUUCUGAGUGGCAAACUCCAGAGCCAGAUUUGCGACAAGAGUUCUGCGUGAACUUGACGGAACCACAAACCGUAUCACUCGUAACCGCGAAAGGCAGUUCUAUCAGAAAACUCGAGCAGCUUACCGAGACAGACCUUGAUAGCUUUGGGUGGAUCAGAAGUCGAAACGGGCACAAAUUAUGGCGUUGUGAGCCUACUACUGACGGAUGUGACAUUUUAAAGGUGAACGUCGAUGGUGAGGUCUUAGGGAUGUUCUGCAUGCCGCGCCAUAGCGACAAAUGGGUUGUAGUUGAGGAUAGAGAGAAGACUCUCUCCAAAAGGCCCCUUGAAGAGGAGGAAGAAUAUGCAUUGGGACUCAUAGAUUAG